CGAAACUGGCGACAAAACACUCGCGCGCUCAAAGAUGGCGGAUGGGUCGCCAGAGGAUCGUGCGUACCCGAAACAAAUGAAUGAAUUAACUUUUUCCGUAACCGACCCGUCCAAUGGUGACAUAAAAAAGUGCAGUGAACAUACAGUGGACGGCAGAGUGAGGUUAUCGUUCUAUACUGAACUAGAUGAGAGUGAUUCGUGUGAAAAAUGUGAGACACUCGGCGUGGCCGCUAAUCGUCCCGCGGCAGACGCAUCGAAUUCCCAAAAAACUACAGGGUCCCAUACAGAUGACAGUGACGACCGGAAGAAGAGAUGCUUCGACAGAUAUGAUAGCUCCGAAUCUUCUGACAGUGGCGUGGCGGUGCUGAGCCCACCGGAAAGCAGCGGCUGCAGCAGUAGCGACAUCACUGAACCGCGGUCUCCGUGCAGCCCCGAGUCGGGGUGCAGCAGCGAGGAGAGUUUGGGAGCGCGCAUGCCGCCCUGGGCGAGCGAGCCGGCCCCGCGCCGCCUCGCGGCUCAGCCCGCGCCUGUACGCCGCCCCAACCCCGUGCAUCGCCGUAUCACAGAAUACUUUAAUCAUAAGAUGAAGCCACAGAACGGCCUUAAGCGCGACGCCGGUCACAUCGCUAAUGGUGACAGCAAAAAGAAGUGCCUCCCGAAGAAUGGUGUCACGCAAGAUCUCGAGAAAUAUAUUUCCUAUCUAUCUCAAACCCUCAGUCCUAAAGUCUUGCUAGAUGUCGGAAAACAAUCUCAAACGACACACAAAUCGCCUCAGUCGACAACUAAUGUUGAUACUAAAAUUAAAGAUCUCAGUAAAUCACCAUUAAAGAGCACAGAUAGUGUGUUGGAUUUCUGCAGGACUAAGGAUAACCAAGAGGUUCAUACGAUGAAUGGUUUCGUAGAAGUAAGACAACUAAAAGAGAAGCCAAGCAAAGAUAAGUUUAACUGUGGCGUUUUAAACGGCUUAACCGACAAUAAGACAACUGAGCGCGAUAAAAAGUUAUCAUCGGACCCAUCCGCCAAAGUAAAUACUAAUCUUAAUAAGCAGUAUAAUGUAAGUAAUGCAAAUUGCAAUAAUAAAGUGCCAAUAUCGGACACACGUGAAAUAUUUGGCGUUCGAAUCGCUCCGGCCACUUCAAUGAAUCAAACGAGAAAUAAGGUUACAACAGUUAAGACUGAUUCGAAAAUAAAUGGUACCGUUAACCACACAGCAAAAUUAGACAGUAGAAUGAACGGAGUUACACGUGGCUCCAAUAAUCUAAAUUUGGUAAACAAACCUGUUUCGACAAAAAAGGAAACGUCUAAAAAGACCACACUCGCUCCAAAACGCACCAACAGAAAGUCUUCAGCGUGUAUCGCUAAUAGUAAGAACCUUUCAUGGUCAAAAGCGAAUAAUCUUAAACAAGUACAGUUACAGAAACAAAACUGUUUGAAUUCAGCAUCGAAACCACCCUUAACAAAUAUGUCGGGGGAAGCAAGCGCACCACCAAAGAUGAAUAUUGCAAACGGUGUAAGACAAGUAUCGAUGACUGUAAACGGAAAUUUAAAUAGCUUAAACGUGCCUGUUAAUCAUUUACAUAACGGCCACCAAAUUAAUGUUCAGCAACAGUGCAAUGGAACUGUAUCCUCAACGACUAUUCCUGCGUUUAUGGCAGUUCCUCAAAAUGUAAUGUUAACUACUCUAAGGAUACCUCAGAAUGGACUAACCGCUCCCAAUAUAAAUCAACAGGGGGGCAUAGCUACAAUAAACCAAGGAAAUAUUGCAACAUUAAACCAACAGGGUAGUAUAGGUGCGUUAAACCAACAACCAAACGUUACUUUCAAUCGCCCUAAUGUGACUGUAACGAGUCCGACCAAAAUUAACGGUCAAUUUGUGUUUCCGCUGGUUCAAAAUAUUAAUGGAACUGUCGUGCAAAUACCUAAUCUAAUGGCAAAGAUGCCCAACUUUGUCCUUCCUCAAGCACAACCAUUAACUGCUCAAAGACAAAAUCAUUUACAAAAUCAGCAGACGCAAAUUCUUAUAAACGGCACAUUAUUAAAACUUUCAAAUGCGAUACCUUCCUCGUUUCCUGCUACAAAUAAAACAAACCCUGUCUCAAGCCAGCCUGUAUUAAACAAAAGUUUUCCUGGAAUACAAACUGUCAAUGCGGUAACGCAUCAAAAGCCAAAUUUUAAUGUAAAUUUAAGUCAUCCGAUGCUACUACCACAGCCAGGUUUUAUUGUAACUUCAGUGCCAAACGUCAAGGAGACAUGGAGUUAUUCCACCGUGAAUACGGCCUGUUUAUCGCAAUCAACAUAUUCGAAUCCAAUAGUACAACACCCGCCGCCUAUAGUACCAAGUUUUAGCACUCAAGCAUUACAUUCGAGUAGUAUACCCAUCGCUCCUGUGAAGCCUCCUGACAACCCCAUUCAGGGCACAGAGCCACCAAGCAGUACAGUUAAGGAAUCCGACUUAAGUGACUUAAAUCAAAAGUGUGAUAUUCCAUGGCUGUCUAAAAAUGUUAAUAAUAACAUAGUUCCAUUAGAUACUAAAAAACUCACAUCGAGGCCUUUCGCUGAAAUCGGUUCGGCUAAACUAGCUGGGUUAUUGAAUGAAAAGGUUAUAGAAGAAGGGAUAUUACUAAAAGACAAAGCGAAAGAAGUUAAAAUGGUGCCUGAAGAGCUUAAAAAAGUCGAAGAGGUAUCUAGUUGUGAAGAUACUGUGUUUAGUAACAUAACCGUUUUGAAAGAAGUGUCUUCGAACGUUGAGAGUACUAUGAUAGAAGCUAACUAUAGUAGCGCCACAACGGAGUCUUCGGAAUCAGGAAUAGGAACGGAUAAGUCUAUUGACUCGCCGAGUGAUUCGCAAGGUAGCAAAGAGUGUGAUGAAGACUCAUCGUUACUGUCUUUAAGUGUGAGUGUAAGCUCGAUGGAACAAAGUCAAUCGGAAUCGCAGAAGAGCCCUAUACUGAAGCAACCCAAGAUUUUGCGGUUUCCACCAAAAUUUCCAGUGAAAUCAGAUAGACGAAGAAAGUCUAAAUUAGAUACGACAUCUACCGUAGUAGUAUGUUAUUGGGAAAAAUGCAAGUUAGAAUUUGACAGCGAUACGAAUUUAUUGGAGCACUUACAGGCCGUCCACGUUGAAACGCAAAAUGGCAAGCAGAACUAUGUGUGCCUUUGGGAGAAAUGCAAGGUGCGCGGCAAACCAUCAUGCUCGCGACUAUGGUUGGAGCGACACACCCUUUCGCACGGCGGCAACAAACCUUUCAAAUGCAUUGUCGACGGCUGUGACAGAAGAUUCUCCACUCAGGUACAAUUACGUUCUAUUAAAUUAUGUCCUCAGGACACACGAAUCCAACCACCUUGUCCAUAUAAUUUCCUUUCCUGUAUUUAUUCAAAAUCUUGUCCAAAAUGCUAUCACUACAUCACCGUUUCCAGGAUUCUCAGGUACCACCAGGAUGCAGAUCGCCAAAACGAAUCUACAAUAACGAACAUUUCAUAUUGGUGUCUAUAUCGUUAUUGUAUCUAUCGUUCUGUCGGUUUGAAAUUUGGUCUUGUCGCGGUUACUUUAAUAGUUCCCGCGCUUCUCAAUACGAAAUUAUCAGGGGUCCUAAAUCUCGUUUAUGUAGCUACAGUUUGUCUUUUGUAGCCUUUUAUGUAUUUUUGAAUCGAAUUGGAUGCGAUUCCGUUGUGUUUAUAAUAUAUAUUAAGAUUAUAAACAUUUGGUUUUUUUCUGAAUAUAUCUUUAAUUUAAAUAAAAUAGGUUUGUUUAUAAAUACGGGGUAUUUAAAGGUGCGUAUGUCCUCUCCGAAAAUGAAAAUUUAUGAUUGUAGGCACAAUUGUGAAUAGGUUUAGUAUAAAAAAAACGUAUUUAUUGUAUGAAGUACUGAACAAUGUACUUGGUGAGCGCAGCAAUCUGGCUUCGCAGAUGAAGUCGCGGGCAAAACCGUCCAAGAUAAUUUCGAAUUAUCGAAAACCGGGAACUAGUAAGGCUUUUAACUCAGCUUCUUCUAAGCUUCACAAAGCUAAAUCCAGUCAAUAGUGAUUGGGCCAUUAUUAUAAUAUCUCUUAUUUUUCUUUACUCCUCCCAAACGUAUGAUCGUAUAAUUUUACCGUCUAUUUAAUAUAGUAUUUCUGCGUGAUUCAAUGACUCAUUGAUCAGGUGGCAUGUCACAGACUCUUUUAAAAGUCACUCCUCGUCAUCACCUAAUCAUUGAUUUUGUCAGUGUCUUCAUUUAUUUCAUUCAUCAUCGUCUCAGUACUGUCAUUGUGUACAUAGUUUUUGUGAAUUGAAAAUAAAAAACUUGUGUUGUGUGUUUUCUGUUCUAAGGUUGAAGGCGAUAAAAUGAAGGAAGUUGAAUGCUCCACAUCGGUUUUGUUAUAAUUUUUCUGCAUUUUUAUAUUUGAUUUUUCUCUAAUACUACUCCGACCUAUGCCAAUACAGGACUUAUGGAGGAUGCUCUCAAGUAUAGUGUGAAAUUUGUGGAAAAUGAUCAAAAUUAUUAUUGAUUUUUUUACAUUAAACAGAAAGUGAC